AUGACGUCCCGGCCGCCGUCUUCACUCGCAGCCACCACCACCACAAGCGCGCUGGUAUAUACUUUUGCAAGUGACCAGCCUGAUGGACCAAGAUACCAGGACCAGACCCGGGGCCAGCGCGAUCUGCUCACCCAGAUCGUGAUCAGCGUCAGCUUUGGGCUCAGCGCAUUCAUCACAUUUUGCUUCCUACGUCCAAAAUGGAGCGCUCUCUAUGCUGCGAGGCGGAAGAUGAGGACCGCUGCAUCAAGGCUACCCGACCUCCCUGAUUCCUUGUUCGGGUGGAUUCCUGUGCUAUUUAAGAUAUCCGAUGAGGAAGUCCUUGCUUCAGGGGGGCUCGAUGCAUUCGUGUUUCUAUUGUUCUACAAAUACUCCAUCCACUUCCUUUCUAUCGUCUUUUUCUUCUCCGUUGUCGUGAUUCUCCCUGUGCGGUAUUCAUAUACGGGGGAAAGAGGUUACCCCUGGGAUGGUGACCGAGGAGAUAAACCUGGUGGUGACUCCGAUAAGAAGCAGAAAACAGACCCUACUUUCCUCUGGCUAUAUGUGAUAUUCUCAUACGUGUUUACCGGAGUGGCGGUACACCUCCUUAUCCGCUACACGAACAGGGUCAUACAGAUACGGCAGAAAUGUUUAGGAGGACAAACCACCAUGGCAGAUAGGACAAUUAGGCUAUCUGGAAUACCUGUUGAUUUACGAUCCGAGGAGAAAAUACGGGGUUUCAUCGAGGGACUAGAGAUUGGAAAUGUUGAAAGCGUCAUGCUUUGCCGCGAUUGGAGAGAGUUGGAUAGACUGAUGGAAGAAAGAAAGCGCACUCUUCAACGUCUUGAAGAAUCAUGGGCCAAAUAUCUCCGUUAUCGGAAGAGCAAGCCCGGUGGGUUGGCCAGUCGGACGAACCGGAUAGCUCCACAGACUAAUACAGGCGAUACUGCAGAGGAUUCUUGUUUGCUCUCGGAUGAGCCUAAUACGCAUCAGAAUUAUAUAUUGGAGAAUCCAGGAGUUCGCCCUAGAACCAGGAUAUGGUUUGGCCCGCUUAAGAUCCAGUUCAAAUCUAUCGAUGCGAUCGACUACUACGAGGAGAAGCUACGGCAAUUGGAUGAAAAGAUCGAAAUUGCUCGCCAGCAGGAGUGUACGCCCGGAGCACUAGCAUUUGUUACUAUGGAAUCCAUUGCAGCUUGUCAAAUGGCGGUCCAAGCUAUCCUUGACCCUUGGCCAAUGCAGCUUGUUGCCAAUCUAGCACCCGCUCCAGCAGAUGUUGUUUGGCAACAUACCUAUCUAUCCCGGGCCGAAAGGAUGAUACGAGGUUGGACCAUUACAACCGUAAUUUGUGUUCUGACUGUAUUCUGGUCCCUAUUACUUAUUCCGCUUGCUUACCUUCUCAACUUGGAGACCCUGGAGAAGAUCCCUGAUGCAAACUGGCCUUCCUACAUUGACGCUAUCUUUGCUCUCGCUGGCAGUUCCAUAUAUAUACGACUGUACGUUGACUUCCUUUUUCCCUUAAAAUAUAUUCUCAUCCCGGGGCCUUUAGCUAACCACCUUGUUAUAUUAGGGUUGGCCAAUGUGCAAGGAAUGACCUCUCAAGGAGAUGUUGAACUUUCGGUCAUCUCAAAGAAUUUCUUUUUUACGUUCUUUAACCUGUUCCUGGUCUUUACCGUCUUUGCUACGGCUUCGAAUUUUUACGGUCUUUGGGAAAAUCUUCGCGAUGUCUUCAAAGAUACAACAACCAUUGCAUUUGCUCUUGCUCGAUCCCUUGAGAAACUUGCCCCCUUCUACACCAACCUAAUCGUCCUACAGGGCCUGGGACUGUUUCCAUUCCGCCUUUUGGAGUUUGGAAGUGUAUUCUUAUAUCCAUUCCAACGAAUGUUCGCAGUCACCCCUCGCGACUAUGCCGAUCUACGAAAACCUCCCAUCUUUAGCUAUGGCUUUGCUCUGCCUCCGACUAUCCUUAUAUUCAUAGUCUGUCUUGUGUACAGUGUUUUCCCCAGCUCAUGGCUUGUCUGCCUGUUUGGAUUGAUAUACUUCAGCAUUGGCCAGUUCAUUUACAAAUACCAACUUCUAUACGCCAUGGACCACCAACAGCAUUCCACUGGACGAGCAUGGCCGAUGAUAUGUAGCCGAAUCAUACUCGGCUUGGUGGUGUUUCAAUUGACUAUGAUUGGUAGUCUUGCGCUUCGAUCAGCUAUUACGCGGUCCAUCCUGAUUGUUCCUCUCCUCGCCGCAACAGUCUGGUUUUCCUACUUUUUCACACGAACUUACGAGCCUCUGAUGAAAUUCAUCGCACUUCGAAGUAUCGAUCGUAGCCGUGAUGCUGACAGCAACCUAUCACCGACUCCUAGCUCGAACUUCUCCCCGCCUUCACAGUGGGAUAGGGACGCCAUACCUCUUCGGUUACGCGGUCGGGAUAUUGCUCCUAGGUUGAGAAAAUACAUCAACCCUAACUUGAUUAUUCCACUUGAUCCUGCGUGGAUUCCGGGCCAGCCUGAGAAUUACGAUAAUGACCUUGCCUCAUUUUCACAAAACGGUAUCUCCGUCCCCACUCAAGAAACAGUUUAG